CAGGAUCAUAAACAAAGUCAUUCCAAACACCAUCCCAUUUGUUAACGUAGGGAGAAAUCCGAUUACCUGGCUUGAAAAUGUACAGUUUUUCUUGGAUGGGUGCCGAAGAGUUGGGUUAAAAGAAGACAUGUUGUUCGAACCAUAUGAUAUAAAAUUACUUCGGGAAUGACGACUUGGAGCUGGAGCGAAGGAACAAUAAGAUAGCAGUAACACUGUUCUGGCUAUCCCGUAUAGCUAAGGACCUCCCCAUAUUCUCUGUCAUAGAGCACAACCAGACUAUAGUGGAGAAGGUUGAGAUAGACGGUGCUGAAAAGAAGAUGGAGAGUUUGGAGAAUGCUCACGUGAUGACGAACGGAAAUGGAGAGACGGUGUACUCUAGGAAAUGCACUAAUCAUAAUAAGGAGCCUGAUAAGGAGAGAAGGAAGAGCGUAGUAUUUGAGGAUGACUUGUGUGAUAUCCAAUCUCAGUGCAAGAGGAACAGAUCACGAGCAGAGUCCGAGGAUAAGCCAGGACGACCAGGGUCGGAGGAGGAUGGCAAGUUCACUUUGCUGGUAGAGAAGUCAGAGAAGAGCAAUGAGUUUGGGGUGACCAUCAAGGAAACUGACACCAACUACCCCAUCAUUACUGCCGUACAAAAAGACUCGUACGCACACAAAUCAGGGUUAUCAAUCGGAGACUAUGUGAUCACGAUAAACGGCAUCAAUACUGGUAAUAUGAGUCUGCUGGAAAUCAACGACAAAAUCAAAUCUGUUUUCACAGAAGGACACGUUUACUUAGGAAUUUGUAGGCUUCCUCCGAACGAAACUCUCACGCAAAAACAUAAAGGUAGCUACACCCUUUUGAACAAAGACCCCACACAAUCCGUCACCUCCAAACUGCACAAAGUCCUCAAGAAACUUCACAAUGACAAAAAAGAUCACCACAGACCAACUCAACAAGAUGCAGAACCUUCACCCUAG